ACUCUUCUAAAACUCCUGUGUUGGAAAAGGAGAGCAAGUUGGGAAACAUAUAUAGCUUUUCUUUUAAUUACUGAGCUAAAUUUAUAUUUAAUUAUAAUCACGCAUACAUUUAAUUACAUUUUGAAAAGGUUAUGUUCAGUCUGUUUUGGAGGGUAAAAUAUUAACAAUACUGCAUGAAUAAACUAAGGUCUUCUACAAAUAAUUCAUGCACACAGAACUGUGGUGGGAAGAAGUAAGUCAGGCAUAUAAUGUACCAGUAAAUGGAUAAUUACCUUCCCCCCCCCCCCAUAAAGGGGUGCUUUACAGCUGACUUUUCUUUGUUCCUAUUGCAGAUUUUGUUUUGGAUUUAGCCACCUGGAUGAAACAGCAGCAGUAAAAGAUCAUUUGGCUGGAAUGUUGUGGAUAUAUAUGGCAGGAUAACCACAAUCUUUGCAAGCAUGAGAGAUGGAAAACUUGGAAUUGAUGAAACCAGAGCAAGAAGUACCAUCAGCGGAUUGUAACAUAAGUUCUAACAGAAGCAGUCCUGCAUCCAACCCCAGGGGCGUCUCCAGUUUCUCAGGGAAAGUUGGUCCUUCUGCAAUAACUGAGGAGGUCGGUUCGCUGGCUUCAUUUCUGCAAGAUGCUCAAAAAAAUGGUGACUCAGAAAUCCUGAAGAAUUGCGAGACCAGGUGGCUACAGUUGAUCACACUGGUGGAGAGACAAUGCCAAGAACAGAUGGUUGCCCAGCAGAAAGUAUUCCGUCAUCAAAUACAGCGCAUACAAAAUGAAAUCAGACGCUUAGUGAAGCUUCAGAACCAAAAUGUGUGUGCGUGCGCCAAACGAGACUCUUCGACCGGCCUUUCAGACAGUUUCUCUUCGUUAGAAAGUCAGAUGGGGCUGAAGUCUGAAAUUUUUGAAGAAAAUGAGCUCCUUGCCAGCCAAUUCAAACCCAGCAAUGCUGAGAAUCAGGCAGAGGCUUCGAUCAUGCAUCAGGAAGGCCUUGCAAACAGUGCUUCAGUAAGCAGUGGAUAUGGAACAUUGUCCACUGCAGAACUGAAUCCUAGCAAAUGUAAUGACAUUCAGACAUGCAUGGAAAACACAGAGACAAUUACCAAACCAGAAAAUGGUCCAGCACCAGCACCGGCGGAUUUAGUUGCGGCCAGUGUUCAGAACAAAAGAGAAUGUUCGCAAACAACGAUAGAACGUUGUCCACCUCUGAGAGAGAAUGAUGGAGAUUUUCCAGCUCAAGUUGGGCAUAAGAUUAAUGAAGGUCACCAAGGGGAACCAAACUGUAAACCUUUGACGUCAUGGGCUCAAAAGUUGAAACUAAACCAACUGAAAAAAACAAACACGGAAGAAGAAGGCGUGCAAACCGUCGACAGUGCCAGUACCGUUGCUGCUGCUGCUCCAUCAACGUCUCCAUUUUACCUCAAUCUGCAGAAUGGAAGCCAGAAUUCUUUAGUGUCUCUUUCUUCAGGGCUGACAUACUGGAAAUUAGAUGAGAAGGAGAUGUAUCACACUUUGCCUGUGAACUUAGAAAAUGAAUUCCCUGUAUUCUCAACAAAGGCAUCCUCAGAACAGCUGUCUUCCAGUAAUGAGUUGAAGCCUACAUCCUUAAAGGACAUUUAUCAUAAGAAACAGAAGGAAGAUAAGCAGCUUGUAGACUGGAAUUUUUCCCCUCUGCAGUCAACUCAUCCCCCAGAGAUCCUUACCCUGGACCCGACGCUCCAUAUGAAACCAGGUGAACCGCAUGCGGGACGGCAUUUGCACAGGUUCUGUGGCAGCCCAGAAAGGGCUUCCUUUUCUCCAGAUUCCAUGGCGGAUCCCGCUUUCACUCUUCAUUCGGACGUGGAUUCGUUUUCUCGCCAGAGCACGGCUGCGUCCCCUCGGUCUGCCGAGUCUCCAAAAUACGCCUCUUGUUCAGCAGCCUUGCGCAUGGAUUCCUGGGAUAGUUGUGAGUUUCAGAACGAAACCAACGUCACCAGCUCUCCCCAUCCAAGCAAUGUGAUCUUAGACACGGGGGAUGAAGACACCUUAACCCUCACGCCAUCUUCAGCUGCCCGGUGCCCGAUUCCACCCGCUGAUGAUAGUUUGGCACAGCAUCAUCUUUCAUUUACUUGCCUAGACGAUCCUGUGGUGCUCUCUAAGAUUAGGCAGAAUUUGAGGGAAAAACAUACCCGGCAUAUAGCUGAUCUACGAGCUUAUUAUGAGUCUGAAAUUCUCAGCCUAAAGCAGCAACUAGAAGCAAGCCAUACCUCUCCUUCUGAAGACAUGAAGAAAAUCAAUCAAAACCUUAUGGACAGGUGUGCCAAAUUAGAAGCUGCUCUGCAUGAAGCCAACAGCCGUGGGCAAUCCCUGGGAAAUAAAAACAAUGCCUUAGAGGUGGAAGUAACAGAUUGGCGAGAGCGUUUCUGUGCCAUCAGCAAUACAACCAAGUCCUUGCAGGAGCGCAUUGAAGAAAUGCGCACAAGUAGCAAGGAGAAAGAUAACACCAUCAUUCGCCUCAAGAGGAGACUUAAAGAUCUGGAAGAGGCGUUUGAAAAAGCCUACAAGCUGUCCGAUAACAAGGAUGCCCAAUUAAAGGAAGAAAAUAAAAUGUUUCAAAACCUUUUGGGAGAAUAUGAAUCCCUUGGGAAGGAGCACGAACGAGUUAAGGAUUCUUUAAAUGUUACUGAGAACAAAUUACUUGAUGCGCACACUCAGAUUUCCGACUUGAAAAGAACAGUCUCAAAACUGGAAACUCAGGUGAAGCAAUUAGAACAUGAAAACUUGCUGAAAUUUCGUCAUCUCGCAGAGGGGCACUUCGGACCAUCUUAUGCCAGCAAAUUAGUAAGCUCUGACGUGAGCAGAAGGAAAUGGCUCAUCCCGGGUUCGGAGUUUUCAAUCUUUACUGGCCAGCCUUUGGAAGCCCAAGAGAGUCUCAACGAUAAUCGACUUGAAAAAGGAUUCACCUCUUCUAGGCAUCAUUCUCCUCCAGAGAGGGAUUCCUCUCCAAAUUGCCUUCUAACCAAUGAAGCAAUUGAAAAAGAAACUCCCAUCCUAAAAGCCUUUAAGGAAUUUGAAGAAAGGAAGGCUUUGAAAAACUGGGGCACCCAGGCAGAGAAAGAGGAAGAGAAAUCAGCAGAGACCAGCAAAGCAGCCGUUCGGCGGCCAGUGGUUGGAUUUGACGAGACAUCCUUGGGUACCAGUCGUUCCCCAGAGAAGGGCAAAGAGCAGCCGAGGCACAAAAAAUUCAACUCGCCCAGUGCCCAGAGAUCUUCAUCUCUCCCGCCUUCAAACAGGAAGACAAAUACACCAACAAAGAGAGAGAUCAUGUUGACUCCAGUUGUGGUGACCUGCAGCCCCAAACGCUCCCCAAAGGAAAACCUGUCUCCGGGGUUUAGCCACUUCCUCAGCAGAAACGAAGACACAAUGACGAGGUUCAAUAUCCUCUUGGAUGACGUAGCAGCUGGUCCUGCGUCUGCGUUGCACUACAGCAGCCCACGAAAAAGGCUUCAGUUUUGCUCCGGAGGUGACUCGGAAGGACUGCAGCACAGUCACCCAGAAAACAACAGAGGUUCAAAGUCUUCCUCCUACCCGGAACCUCUGCAUUCCGGAGCAAGAAGAGACUCAACAAGAGAAGUUUGUGAAGGGGGGAGCUCUGCUGCCACCAGCGAGACAGGCCUGUCUUCGGCAGCACCGGCCCCUGGCGAGGCUGAAUUUAAGUAUGUUUCAAGGAUUAGGACGUUGGCAGAGACUGAGAGGCUUUUUGACGAGCUCACACAAGAAAAACAGCAGAUUGAGUCCCAGUUGAGCCGGAUACCUUGUGCUGGAGGAAGAAUGGCUCUACAGGCCCGACUGAAUCAGGAAGCUCUGGAAGAUCGUUUGGAAAGAGUUAGUAGAGAAUUGGGUUCCAUCCGCAUGAUCCUGAAGAGAUUCCACAUUUUACGUACCUCUGCGAAUAUUUGAGAUGACCUGACCUUUAGAUACCCCUUAAUUUGCACUGAAGUACAAUAAUUAUGCACUCUGAAAAUGCAACUGGUUUUGUAUUUUUGUAAGCCCUCUGCAGCCUUUUUGCAAUCAUGUUGUCUUUACUACACAAAACAAUAUUUUGUACUGAGCCACGUCUUUUCAAAACCUAUUUUUGUUAUACCUGAAGGAAUCAAUCUGUCGGUUUUGUAUUUUGCUACUUUUGAAGAAGCAGGGUUUUUGGUUUUUUUUUGAAAUAGCAGACCUGAAUUCUUUGUAAGCAUAGAGACACUGAGAGGCAGCUUGUUUUUCAGAAGUUUAUCAUGUUGUGGUUGAUUUGAUGGUGCUCACCAUUUUUAGAGCUAGAAGGCAAGCCUAUUGUGUGAAGUAUAUACACAGUGCUGACUUUUUAUUUAUGCUAGCAGGACACACAGCUUCUUCUUGUGAAGUGAGCUCCAGGCAAACAUUUCUUAGCUUAAAGUUCAAAACUGCAUCUUGUUUCAUAAGCUCCUUUGCUCAGUUACAGCACAGUGUUACCAACAAAUGCAUCCACAAAUGCACACGGUUUGGAAAGUCUAUUUAAAUGUCCACCUAAUUGCAUUCCAAGGAAUCAGAGAGACCUCAGAAGUUCUCGUUUUAAACAACUAGCUUUUAUUUUGCAUGUUUGUUGCGGAAAUAUUAAUUAAAAUCAAGUGUCUAAACUGAA